CGCGGCUCGAACUUCGGGCGAACUGGUAGGAAAAGCCGACGUGACACGACGUCGAGAGACGCGACGGCAAACGACGUGGAGUGAUCGCGCGUCUCCGUGUGCUCGUGCGUUUUUCGAUGGUUUUGUGUUUCAUUGUGCAUCGCACAUCUCACACGGCGCUGCGAAGAAUUUCGCGCCACCAUCGUACCCGGAUCGUCGUACUGACGCGCGAUCCAGCGUCCCGUACCGAGAUACUCCGGUGAGCGGAGUGUAUUCGUAAGCGGUGAUACGGUGAAGCGGCUGCCUGACACAUCGCGAUCUCUCGAGCGUAUCGAGUCGCCGUGGGUGAAAGAGCGAAAGGAAGAGCGAGAGCGACUGCGACGGCAGUGUGGAAUAGGAAAGGUGAUACGGGAGGAUUCGCCGCGACGUGAAGGAGACACAAGGGACCACUGACGUGUGCGGGCGGUGUAUCGAAAAGAGAAAGAGAGAAAGCGCGCGCGCGCGCUACCAAGAAAUACAGCGUACCAAUCGAAUAAAUAACGGCGGCAGCGUAACCGCGCGGCCACCGGCAUUCAACGACGUUCAUUCAAGAAUGCAUUAAUUACACGCGGUCGACAGUUAACCAACCGUGCGUUGUGGGUCUUGUCCCUGUGACGUGUUUGCGGAGGGAUUCUCGAGAGAGAAGAGAGAGAGAGAGAGAAAGAAAGAGAGCGUAUACAACGGCCGAGCCGGGCUAACGGCAAGUCGUGAUGCUGAAGUUCAUUAGGGGGAAGGGCCAGCAGCCUACGGCCGAGCGGCAGAGGUUGCAGAAGGACCUCUUCGCUUUUCGAAAGACGGUGCAGCAUGGUUUCCCGAACAAGCCGACCGCUCUCGCCUGGGAUCCGAGUCUGCGGCUGAUGAUCAUCGGCACGGCAUCCGGCGCCAUCAAGGUUUUUGGAAGGCCAGGCGUGGAAUUUUACGGGCAACAUUCUGUCGAAAGCGGUGAGAAUGCCGUCACGAAGAUCGUCGCACUGCCGAACGAGGGUCGCGUGGUGUCCUUGUGCGACGACAAUUCGCUGCAUUUAUGGGAAAUCAAUGAAAGUUCCGUGGUGGAAACAAAGUCGCUGUCGUUGGAGGGCAAAUUGAAGAAGAUCUCGGCGAUGUGUCUCGAAUCUAGCGGGGAACAUCUGUUGCUGGGAACGGAAGGCGGCAAUAUUUAUUUGCUAAAUCUGAAAACUUUCGUCAUGCCGGACAAUAUUAUCUAUCAGGAUGUGGUGAUGCAAAACGUUCCAGAAGAUUACAAGAAAAAUCCAGGAGCCGUUGAAGCCAUCGCUGAACAGCCAGGACAUCCGGAUAACAUUUUGAUCGGUUAUAAUCGAGGUUUGAUGGUGCUGUGGAAUAAAGCCACUCCGGGAGCUCAACAGCUGAUGGGUUUGUUUUCGCGUGCGCAGACAUUCGUCUCCACGCAACAGCUGGAAUCGGUCCACUGGAUCUCCGAGAAUCGCUUUGUCUCGUCACACAACGAUGGUUCCUAUUCAUUUUGGAGCCCGGGCAGCGACGCCGUGCCGGAGCCGACGACGCUUUACGGACCGUUCCCAUGCAAGGCCGUGAGCAAGAUCCUCGUGUAUCCCACCGCAGAACAAGGCGAGCUUGUUCUAUUCUCCGGCGGUAUGCAACGCGCCAGCUACGGAGACCGGCACACAAUCACCGUCAUGACCAAGAAUAAACAUUUAGUCUUCGAUUUCACCUCUAAGGUCAUCGACUUUUUCACCGUGUUUCCUAAAGAGGAAGAGGAGAACAAUGAGAACCCUAUCGGCCCGGAAGUACUCAUAGUGUUAGCCGAAGAAGAAGUGGUAGCUAUCGAUUUGACCAAUCCCGAUUGGAAGAUGAUGCCUCUGCCCUAUUUAGUAUCACUUCAUGCGAGUGCGGUCACAUGUUCUCAACAUGUGCCCAGUGUUCCCGAAGAACUUUGGGAGGCAAUUGUAGAAGCCGGCAAAGCCCAAACGGAGCAUCUUUAUUCGGACAAGCCGUGGCCUAUUGACGGUGGCAAUAUUCUUUGCCAGAAACCGGCAAACCCCGACAAACCCAAGAGCAGAGAACUGCUGCUCACCGGGCACGAGGAUGGCACCGUGAGAUUCUGGAACGCGUCCGACGUUGCUCUUACAUCUUUGUACAAAUAUAAUUCGUCGAUUCUGUUCACCGGCGAGCAUCUGGACGUUCUCGAGCAGCCACCCGAGGACGAUGAGGACGAGUGGCCGCCAUUCAAGAAGGUGGGAAUCUUUGAUCCGUACUCUGACGAUCCGCGACUUGCCGUGAAGAAGGUUCUGCUUUGCCCGUUGUCGUCCACUCUAGUGAUCGCUGGUACAGCUGGUCACGUUAUCACUGCCAUCAUCUCUUCGGAACCGGUUAAUAAAGAAAUAAAGGCCGUUACGAUGAACAUCGUCAACGAUCGCGAUGGAUUUGUGUGGAAGGGCCACGAUCAUCUGCCGCCAAGAACGACGAGUAUAUCGUUCGCGGCCGGAUUUCAACCGCAGAGCCUCCUUCAGCUGUAUCCACCGGCCGCUGCCACGGCGUUAGCGUUGCACAGCGAAUGGGGACUGCUCGCCGCCGGCACAGCGCAUGGACUCGCGGUCUUCGAUUACACUAGAGCGAAGGCCGUUAGCGUCAAAUGUACGCUCAAUCCAAACGAUCUUUCCGGUUCCGGCGACACGCCCAUCUCUCGGCGAAAGUCGUUCAAGAAAUCUCUUAGGGAAUCUUUUAGGAGAUUGAGAAAGGGACGCUCGCAACGUCGAACAAACGCCAGUAGUCCUACGCGAAAUACCGCACCUGAAAAGAAGAAAGAGAAUCCCAGUGUUGCUUCUUCACCGAGUGGCGAUUUAUCACCGCCGGUGGAAUUGAAACCAGUGGAAAGACAGGUCGAAGCGAGACCUGUGGACGACGCUUUAGGAUCUAUGGUUCGAUGCUUAUACUUCGCCAGAAGUUACAUUAUUAGCCUACAAAACACAACACCUACACUUUGGGCGGGCACCAACAACGGCACAGUUUACGUCUUCACGCUGGCUGUACCGGCCGGCGUAAGAAGAACGGAAGAAGAUGUCAACUGCACACUGGGCAAGGAGAUACAACUGAAGCAUCGAGCGCCUGUGAUCGCGAUCACAAUUUUAGACGGAUCCAGUGUGCCACUGCCAGAACCCUACGAAGCCGAGAAGGGCGUGACACCCGGGCCUGACAUGACUUCCCCGCACAGAGUUGUAAUCGCCAGCGAGGAACAGUUUAAAAUUUUCAAUCUUCCGUCCCUGAAGCCGUACUGCAAAUACAAAUUGACCGCUCACGAGGGAUCCAGAGUGCGCAAAACGGGCUUCGCCAAGUUCUCGUGUUCGAUCGAGCCGGCGGGUGUUCACGAAGAAACUUGCUUGCUCUGUCUGACGAAUCUUGGUGAUUGUUUAGUGCUGAGUAUACCGGAACUGAGGAGACAGUUGAACGCUGCUGCAAUCAAAAGGGAGGACAUUAACGGUAUUUCUUCCUUAACGUUUACGAAAGCCGGAGAAGCGCUAUAUCUUCACUCGAGUUCGGAACUCCAACGAAUUUCUCUAUCAGCCGCGAAAAUGACGAAGGCGCAUUGCGCGCUCAAUUUACCGCCGCACGCCAGAACAUACACGGAAAAUUCUAACGAGGUCGCGCAGGAGCAAGGUAUUGUGGAAGGCGCGCCCGAAACCGAAGGAGAGACACAGGGAAGUCAGACACCGACAGCGGCAAACAGAAUUAUCACGGAAAACGGUGUAGUAAAUGCCACUGGCGAAGAAGAGUCUCCAAAGGAGCCGUCGCUGCAACCGGCUACGAGUAGUAUAGACGUAAACGGGGAAGAUGAUCGUCAGGAUUUAAGUUCUAUCGGCGACAUUACGAUCGACAGUGUUAAAGAUCAUUUGCUUAACAGUUCACUUUUUAGAAACGCGACGUCUUCCGAAGAUCUCCACAAUCGUUUGGCAGGAUUGAAAAUGGAGGUGACUUCACGAACUUCCGAGAUAUCCACGCAAAAUCAAUCGUUGGUGGUGAAAACGACCACUGUGGUUACACAAACUACGAAUAGCACGACUGCAAACGGUGAAGUCGAAACGAAUCAAGCGAACGAAACGCAGCACGUAAACAGCACUACGGUAGAGCGAGAGAUACUCAGCGGUAUCGAGACAACAACGACACACGCUACAAUCACUCUUCCCCCGAACGUCGAGAUUAGUGCCGCGGAUUUGGCUAACUUGGAAGUCACCACGACUACAGUGACCACUACUACAGAAAGAUCCAAGGCGCCGUUGGCUAGACCAGAAGAGGUCGGUUCGUAGGCCUGUUUCCAUAUCGUUUCUCCAUGCUGUCCAUGCAUCGAUUACGAGCUCUGUAUAUACGGAGCCGUUAAUAAUUAGUUACUUUUACUUAUUAGAUAAACGUGUACACAGCGGCGAUAUAGCUAGGAUUUAUAUAUCGUAGAUUUUUUAAGAAAUCUAGAUUUCUAUAUGCAACAUUUUUUAGCAUUAAUCACACGAGCGACAAGUGAUUAAUUUUUAACAUGAUCCUUACGCAUUUUAUCGACAUUUAUCAUUCGAUUCUAUCUGAAAGUAUUUCGCACGAAUAACUUUUGGAAUUGGCAGAGAAUCAAUGAUUUUUAACGAAAAAAUAGGCCUACAAAGUACUUUAUUUAUUACAUAAAGAUAUAAAUUUUAAUUGCGAUUUUCUUUAUACAAAAUUUUUAAGAUUUUAAUUAUUAAUUAUUAAUUCAUAAAUUGAAAUAAGGAACUUCAAGCAAAAGUACCGCAUUAAAACAUUGUUUUAUAAUGAGCUUAACAGAUUUUUACCACAAGGAUUGAUUUAUCAUUUUAUACGGUCGAGUUUAAUGUUUGUUAAUUUAAUGACCAGCCUGGUGCAUGUCAGUAUAAUCGUAGAUUUUUAAAAAGAUUAUAGUGUUUACUAAGAAAUAGGAACGAUAAUGAUCAAACAUCACAAAUUGUGAACUAUGGCAGCCUUAAAACUGUUACUUUAUAUAUUUUUAAUUAUUAAAGACACGCGACUUAAGCCAUCUGCAGUAUUUGAGGUGUUUCGAGCGUUUCGUGAGUGUUUCGCGGACGGAAGUGCAGCCUGUGGUGCGAUAUAGAGAUGCUUUGAGCAACAAAAAACAUAGCUACUUAAGUAGAAUUAUAUAUUUUACGAACAAGAAUAAGGAGAUUAAGUGGCAAAUUUAAUGAAGGAAUGUCUGUCGGAUGGCCAUGACAGGGAGAACGCGUUGAAAAUAUAUUUUUUAUCAAUGUUGCUUAAUCGUUAAGUUUCCUCUCUCUUCGCUUUAUCGAAGAAUGGCAUAACCGAAUUUUCGAAAAGAUCCUCGAAUACUCGGAAACGUUUGACUACAAUACCGACAUAGUUACUUUAUUGUUGCAUUUAUUUGCAAUCUUUUUUUUUUAGACAGGAUAAUUGCAUGGAUAGUCUAGCGACGGACGAUUGCUACAAAAUGUGUUUCUACUUUAGGAAAUGAUACUUUAGGAAUUCUUAUGAAUAUAUUGCUGCGUAUAUCGUUUUUACAUCGCACUGUCAGUAAGACUAAUAUUAACAAAAAAAACUUGUUUUUUUGGAAAAAAUUUUAAAAGUUUAUUGUUUUUUAAGUAAAUCACAAUAAAUGGAAACUGCUUUUAUGUUUUUCUAUAAAAAAAAGUUUUUUUUUACAUUUAUAGUAGUAAAAAUAAUUAUGAGAAUAAUG